AUGUCGCUACACCGAAGGCGAACACAUGUGGCUAGUGGUCCUGUGAGAGAUGAAGUUGCAGCAAGAAUUUACCCCAAUGAGUUACCAGAACAUGCGCUACUUUGUUCCAACUGCUGGACACGUGCACACGAAAAUAUAGAAAUGGAGCAAGAAGUUGUGCAAUUUGAUAUCCAGCCACCAAGUGCAUCAAUAACACUUGAUGGUUUUACACACACAACACAGACAAGUACUCAUUGUUUUGUGCCGGCCUGUAACAAUGUAGAACGAAAUAGAGUGCCGGAAUACUUAAGAAGAAUUAUAUUAAAAUCGGAAAAAAUAUUUGUGACAGAAAAUGCAAGAGUAUGUAAUGAACAUAAAUGUUUAUACAACUGGGAGUUUCUGGACCAGCAUCAGUUCUCAAAUACAUUUACAAAAAAUGAAAUAGAGUCAAUGCUGAAGCUGAGUAUCCAGGACAAUGAAAUAAAUCAACUAGAUUUUAAUAAUAUGAGUAGUAUUGAUGAGGGACUCUUUAAGUUCUGGACUGGAAUUACAAAAGACAAUUUUAUAAAUAUUUUAAAUGUAAUAAGCCCAGCAUUGACUUGCAAAAACCAAAAAAUUGCUUUGGGAAUCUAUUUGGUGAAAGCUCGUACAGGGGACUCCCAUGAAAGGAUUGCCUCUCUGUUUCAUCUGACCAAGUCCUCAAUAACACGAUUGCUUAGAGUAGCUAAAGAGGCAUUGCUAAGAUAUUACGAAUUACUAUACACGUCAAUCAAAUGUCACUGUCAAUAUGACAUUUUUUCGCGUACUGCUGUUCCGAUCCACCUGGAUCCACCAUGUUUAAUUUUAUGUUGUGUUGCUCUCCUUGACCAAGUUAAUUUGAAUGUACAAUGA